AUGUCCAACAUUCGUCAUGAGGGCGCUGCGCACUCUAUGAUGCUCUCCUUAUGCCGACUACUAUGCAUAUGGGCGACAUGGGUCCGUGUUGCGACUCCUCUACCUCAAGCAGCGACCGGUAGCAAUGUUGCAACUGAUACGCCGCUGGCGACGUUUGCUUUAAUACCCUCAGCACCGAGUAUGCAGACGCUGCAGAAAGUACAUCUUGAGGUAUCUGAAACUGACUUCGGCGUCACACCAGCUGUAGAACCCACCGGUCUCAUACCAUCCGCACCCAUCCGCUCAACGCCCCCACCAGGCCUCAUUCCUUCAGCACCUCGCACCUCCUCUACACUACUUCCUAUAUUGAUACCCUCACGACCACCUUCCGGAUUGAUCCCUUCGCAACCACCCUCGGGCCCGAUAACUUCGUCACCGCCAGCAGCUGUCGUACCUUCGUCACCGGCGCAUACGGGAUUGAUCCAAUCUGCGCCCAUCUCAUCCGGACCUCUACCAACCAACCCGGGAAUUAUUCAGUCCAGCAUAGGCACUCCAAUUCGGACCGAUGGAAGCAUUGUCUCCAGCCUCUCCAAUGUCAGCGUGACGCUAGUAGCGCCAGUAGCGCCAUCCAUGGCAUCAACAGACGAACCCUUGCGACCGAUACCGGCCGAGACCACAGCGCCGGGCGACCCAGAUGGCCACCACGAGAUUCCAGAACCAAACUUUACGGCCACCGCUCCGUGCAGAGGAUGCUCCCCCGUCAUCGAGAUUACCGCCACGGGGUGGGGUGAAUGGCCGACUCUCUGGCCGAGCCAGCCUGCUGCCGAGCAUGCAGAGACGACACAACGCCCUCCGCAAGCGACAAUUACUGCCGGCCCAUCCAACAUCAUCGUCACCCAGCAACCAUCAAGCCAAGGCGGAGGUUUCGUCAUCGGCGGCUCAACAACAGUAAAACCUGGGCAAACCGUCAUAAUAGACAACACUCCUAUUGUCAUCCAAACAUCGGCCGGCCGCACUGAAGUAAUCGUCGGCACCAAAACGGUCCCCUUCCAGGCUCCAGCAGCCCAACCGCCAAACAGUCAAAUAACGGACGGCCCCAUCCUCCUCCCCAUCAUUAUCGGCAACGGUCAGACCCUCACUCCGAUCGCCAACCCCGCCGCAAAUCCAUCCUCGAAACUGGAUUCAAACCCUGACUCAAAUUCCAACCCAAACCCUAACAACCAGAAUCCCAACCAACUCUCCGACCCGCCCGGCACCGGCAACGCCUUCCCCUCGCAAUACGUAAUCGGCGGCCAGACUCUCACUCCUGGUGGGCCCGCCAUAACCGUCUCUGGUACCACGCUCUCUCUCGCUCCCUCCGCAACCGCCAUCGUCGUCAACGGGAAAACUACCACACUCUCGCAAGCCUAUGGCGCUAUCUACACCACCACAGCGCUUCCCGCGCUCACGCUCUGGGGCGAAAUCUACACCGCAAACCGCGCCGGCUAUUACAUCCUGCACCCAGGCACGACACUCAUUCCCGGUGGGCUGCCCAUCACAGUCUCGGGGACUGUGCUAAGUCUCGAACCGAGAGGGACAGCAAUCAUGAUCCAGGGCAGCACAAGUUAUAUGCAGCCCGUGACCACGAUCGUGACGCUGACGAAGAGCGGUGCAGAAGGAUAUGGUGGGGGCGCAGGCUUGUACACGAACACAGGUGUGCCCGGAACGCUGCCAUAUCCGACGGGGAAGCCGAAUGCGGGGGUGAGCGUGAGGGCACCCGCGGCGAUGACGGACGGGUGGUUGAGCGGCAUAUUCCUGUUAGGCUUUGUGGGAUUGGGUUGGUUAGCGGUUUGGCUGUGA